AUGGGCGUGCAUACAAAGAAAGUCCAGAUGGGUCGGGGAAACCGGACAAUGCGCGGCCUUAGAGGCUGUAGACGCCCGACCUAUCACAACUGUCUCUGUAUAAAGACCUUGACUAGUGGGCGCUCAGGGUUCUCACCAUCUACAUUCAACCUCUCCCCACCACCUCCACCACGAUCGCAAAGUUACUAUUCAUCGGGCGCUGAUACGAAUACCUCCAUGGCUGAAUCAGAAACUGUCACCACGACCAAGAAGUCCGAGACGACCACUGUCGAGACCAAGACGACGCCGCCCAAGGUUCUGACCUACGUCCAAAAGGAGGCCGGGCUGCUCGUGACGAAGGAGCUAGAGAAAGCGAUCGAGGAAUGUAAAGCCAAAGUCGAGCGGAUCGCACGGGACUGUAGAGCGCGCAACCGGAAGUUCAGGGAUAUCGAGUUCGAUCUGGAGAACGACAAAGACGAAUGUCUGUAUGGGUUGUUCAUCGAGGAGCGGUACGAGCCUGCGGACGUCCAUCGGGUUACUCAGAUCUUCGAUAAUCCGCGGUUCCUUGAGAAUGGGAAAGCGGGCUCGAAUGAUAUCGUACAAGGACAACUGCAGGAUUGUUGGUUCCUUUCUGCUCUGGCGACCGUCUCGACCUGCCCUGGCCUCAUUGAGAAGCUCUGCGUUGCACGCGAUGAAAAAGUGGGCGUCUAUGGGUUUAUCUUCUUCAGGGACAACAGCUGGGUGACAGUCGUGAUUGACGAUAUGCUAUACACCCGGGUUCCCAAGUACGAAGAACUCCGACGGGAAGAACAAGAACUCUACCACUACGACAAGGAGAUCUACAACAAGUCCGCGAGGAAGGGCGGAAAGUCGCUGUAUUUCGCCAAGAGUGGGGAGACAGGAGAGACUUGGGUGCCCCUCAUCGAGAAAGCGUAUGCGAAGCUCCAUGGAAACUUCUCCCAUAUCGUCGGAGGUCUGGAGAGUGAUGCCAUGGAAGAUUUGACUGGCGGUGUCUCGACUGUUCUGCAGAGCAAGGACAUUCUUGACCCAGAUAGGUUCUGGAAGGACGAACUCCUGCGCGCCAACAAAGACCGCGUGUUCGGGUGCUCCUUCAACAGCCUCGCUGGGACGCGUAACGGCUAUCCUUCCACCAAACUAACUGUCCAAGGUCUCAUUGGGGACCACGCCUACUCGGUCCUCCGCGCAGUCGAAGUGGAGGACAAGCGCUUCGUCAUCGUUCGCAAUCCAUGGGGCAAAUCCGAAUGGACCGGUCGGUGGUCAGAUGGCUCGAAGGAGUGGACGAGCAAGUGGCUCGACCUUAUGCCCCAGAUUGGCCACAAGUUUGGCGAUGAUGGGCAGUUCGUGAUGGAGUAUUCGGAUUGGCUGGACUGCUUUGCCCAGAUUGAUCGGACUAUCUUGUUUGAUUCGAGUUGGGUGAUGUCCUCGCAGUGGCUGCAGGUCCCCGUUCCUCCUCUGCCAGCUGCGUGGUCAUUCGGGGAUGUCUCUUUCACUUUCUCCCUUUCGGGUCCCACUCAAGCCGUGAUCGUGCUUUCGCAAAUCGACACCAGGUACUUUAGGGAUAUCGCUGGCCGCGCGAGAUGGUCUUUGGAUUUUGUCCUUGUCAAGGAAGGAGAGAAGGAGCCCAUUGCUGAAGUUACACACUCCGAGUUCCACCUACGAAGCGUGAACAUGGAGAUCCAUUUGGAAGAGGGAAAUUACAUUGUAUACGUUCGACUAGAUCGAACUAUCAAGUCUGUCGAGAACCCAGCGACGGUUGACGAAUGGAAUCUUCGCAAACUGUCACGAAUCAUUACUGCAAGAGCUCAAAGCCAAUCCGUUGCGUCGAACUGUCCUAACCAGACUUCUAGGGAAAAUGCCAAAUACCUCCCAACCGACCUGCAAACACUCAUCGAACGCGACUUUGCCGAGUUCGAGAAAAAGAGGAAGGAAGACGCCGAGAAGGCGAAGACGACGUCCGAGUCUAGCACGAAGGAAGAGACGGGUGAAGACGGAACGAUCACGACGACCACGACGGUUGUUACCACUGAGACGAAGACUGUUGUCGUGAAAUCUGCGAAGCCCAAGGCUGCGGAGGAUAAGGAUAGCAAGGAAGGCGACGACGCUGCAUCGGGAGCUCUCUCUACGUCGGAUGACGCGAAACCAGAACUUGCAGCUGCGCCCACGGCCACCGCUAGCUCGUCCUCCACGGAUAGCACCAGCACUAGUAGCACGACAACCACUCCGCCCGAGAAGGGCAAAGUCAACGUGCCGUACAGCGACAAUGACACCGUGUGCGUGGGGCUUCGGGUGUACACGAGCAAGGAUGUGCCUGUUGUAGUUGUUGGAAGGUUAAAGGGCGAUGCUGCUACUGCUGCGACGACUACGACUACCACGGUUACCACCGCCUGA